AUGAGCGAGCAGCGGCCUUCGACUGGGGUUGGUUCUCCUACGGGGGAGGCCACUGACGAUGCGGUAAUCUUGGUGGAUACGCCGACAUCUGCUCCACAACGUCUGGCGACGUCCCACCCAGUCGGUAACAGAAGUCUGCUACCGCCGUCACGUCAUCAUGCCCCCGUGGCUGGUGCCGUCAGUUUUGGUGUACCAAAGGGCCACCCUGAUCCGCAUACAUACCCGCGAGGUCAAACUCAACAUAUACCAGCUUGGAAAAUAGGAGGCAUCAAUCCGUAUGGUCAUGCGACUGCCAACUUCAACAAGCCGCGAACCGGAGCUGGGUCGUUUAGUGAAGGGCACGGGAACCAUACACCCAGAACGUACAUUUCGGGGCCAAAUAAACGGCGGAGAAUAGACAACGACACUUCGCCCACAUCAAUUGGUCUUCCGGACAGUGUAUCGUCAAUACGGUCUACUGCCAAUGGCGUUUCUGGGAAGUACUCAAACGAGCCUAUCGACGUUGACGAAGGUCCUCAUAACAGUGCCCAAGCCAAGAGUAAACGCUCUAGGAUUGCAUUGAAUGUCCAGUCUGGUACGGGCAUGAGUACCUACUUCAAUCCUCGCGCUCAAGAUGCUCACUCACAAGAUCCGCGCAAGUCGACACUCAGUCCCAGAAGAGACUCACUGGUUCUAUCAUCGUCACCUGCAGUGAUCUUACCCGUCAUGUGGGUCCGCAUAGGUGAUGGUCAAGAUGUACGAGAAGAUGGCUACGGCCUCAGGUUUACCGAGAAGGUGAUAGCUUUAAAGAAGCUUGAAAGCAACUACCCACAGACUCUGAAUGAAGACGAACACCGCAUAGAAUCCAAAAAGAUCAAUAAGAUAAUCUAUUCGACAGAUGCUGCGGCCAUGUUCCUGCAAAUUCAUCUGGUCGUGGCAAGGUCCUCUUGGGGUUCUGCGCACGUCACCUACCGCAUCCUUCCUGAGGGAUCUGCCGGAUUGAAUAUGAUCAAGGCUAUGCAAAUGGUCGACGAGCAAGUAACAUGGGAGCAUAUCCAGGACCAGAGCAAGGCAAAGCGGAUAUUGGAUGGUUGGUUAGAUCUCUCUAACGGGAGACCAAUGUUAGCAACGCCUGCGAGAGCACCACGGGCUACGGAUGCUUAUACCGAGGGAGGAGGCGCAGCGUCCUGUAAGAGGGCCACGAGAAUCAAGAAGGCAGCGGAGGAGUCAGACGGGGAGUUUGUCCCGGCGAGUGAGACACGGCCAAUGGCUGAAACUCGUGCCCGAACGCGAGCGCAGAAGCCAACAUCCUCCAAUACGCCUAUUCUCACUUAUCCUCCAGGCGGCAGCGGCAUCACCCUCUAUAACGACGAUCUUGACCGACUUGACGACGGCGAGUUCCUCAAUGACAGUAUUAUCGACUUUUACCUCAAAUACCUCCAACAACGAAUCCUCUCCUCCACCCCCGACCGAGCAAAGGAAAUCCACAUGUUCAACACAUUCUUCUACAAACGUCUCCGAGAUAAAGACAAGAACGGCAACAAACCGGGUUACGAUAACGUGAAGAAGUGGACGGCAAAGGUGGACUUGUUCAGGACAAAGUAUGUUGUCGUACCCGUGAAUGAAAAUCUGCAUUGGUAUGUUGCGUUGAUUUGUAACCUGGAUUGGUUGCCGAGAAAGUUGGCGGAUGGGGAGGCGAUGAGUGAGGAUCCCUUGUCUAGUACUGCGAUACAGCCUCCAACAGCUUCUGAUGACGAUUCGGAUGAUACAAUAAUGGAGGUGAAGGCAACGCAGGAGCAAGAUGAUGAGCUUGUGCGCGGAACCCCGAUUACGCCAGGGUUGAGAGAGAAGGACGGGUCCGGCGCUAUCAUCGACAUCGACAGCACCCCGUUUGACUCCAUCGAAUCAACCCCAAACCCAAAUCAAUCACUCGACAAAAAAGCCGAAAAAGCCCAAAAGAAACGCGAUAACAAGAAACCCAUCGAACCCGGCAAGCCCGUUAUCAUCAUCUUCGAUUCCCUCGGCGGCCAUCACAAUUUUACAGGCAAAACCCUCCGUACCUACAUCCAACUCGAAGCCCUCGCAAAACGGAACCUCGCCGUCUCCAUCGAAGACGUAGCAGCAGUUCACGCCAGAGUCCCCCGCCAAUCCAAUUUCUGCGAUUGUGGUGUCUUCCUUCUCCAUUACGUCGAGAAGUUCCUCGAGAACCCGGAAAGGUUCCUUCCCGAUAUCUUGAGCCGGCGGGACAAGAGUGGGGACGUUUCGGCUGGUACGGAAGAUCUGUGGAAGAGUGGAGAGAUUGGGAAGAAGAGAGCGGAGUUGAGGGAGAUGAUUGAGGGGCUGAGUGCGGAGUGGCAGGUUGAGAUGAAGAAAGCGGAGGAGGAGAAGAAGAGGGCCAAGGAGGCGGAAAUCGAUAAGGCGAUGAGUCGGGCUAGUUUGAAUGAUGCUAGGGAUGAGAAGGAGGAGGAAAGCACAGGGAAGGAGAAGGAAAGUGUUUCGAAGGAUUCAGGUGUCACGGGGAACGUAUUUGCGAUCCUCCGGAGGACUGCGGAGGAAAAAGCCGACAUGGUAGCGGGAAAGAAAUCGGCGAGUGUGCCGCCUACGCCCACGCCGACGGACACGAAGGGGCAGAGAGCAAAUCGGAGAAAGUCAAUGAGGCACGAAGGCAGGACGGCAGACAAUGCUAUUUCCCUCGAUAGCGAUGACGAUUAA